GGGAGGGGCGCGCGGAUCAUGGCAUUGGAGUUCCCGGGCUCGCCGCCGCCGCCGCCGCCUCUUCCACGCACCCCGAGCGCCCCUUCUUCCCGGAGCAGCUGCGGAGAAGGCGAAGCGGCCGGCGGGGGCGAGGCCGAUGGGGCUCAAGGCGCGCAGGGCGGCGGGGGCGGCUGGCGGCGGCGGCGACGGGGGCGGCGGCGGCGGCGGCGGGGCCCCUAACCCGGCCGGAGGGGACGCGGCGGCGGCGGCGGGCGACGAGGAGCGGAAAGUGGGGCUGGCGCCGGGCGACGUGGAGCAAGUCACCUUGGCGCUCGGGGCCGGAGCUGACAAAGACGGGACCCUGCUGCUGGAGGGCGGCGGCCGCGACGAGGGGCUGCGGAGGACCCCGCAGGGCAUCGGGCUCCUGGCCAAGACCCCCCUGAGCCGCCCUGUCAAGAGGAACAACGCCAAGUACCGACGCAUCCAAACUUUGAUCUACGACGCCCUCGAGAGACCGCGGGGCUGGGCGCUGCUCUACCACGCGCUCGUGUUCCUGAUUGUCCUUGGGUGCUUGAUUCUGGCCGUCCUGACCACCUUCAGGGAGUACGAGACUGUUUCGGGAGACUGGCUUCUGCUGCUGGAAACGUUUGCUAUUUUCAUCUUCGGAGCCGAGUUUGCUUUGAGGAUCUGGGCUGCUGGGUGUUGCUGCAGAUACAAAGGCUGGCGGGGACGACUGAAGUUUGCCAGGAAGCCCUUGUGCAUGUUGGACAUCUUCGUGCUGAUUGCUUCUGUGCCGGUGGUUGCCGUGGGAAACCAGGGCAAUGUCCUGGCCACGUCCCUGCGGAGCCUGCGCUUCCUGCAGAUACUGCGGAUGCUUCGCAUGGAUCGGCGGGGCGGCACCUGGAAGCUCCUGGGCUCGGCCAUCUGCGCCCACAGCAAAGAGCUCAUCACCGCCUGGUACAUCGGGUUCCUGACACUCAUCCUUUCUUCAUUUCUCGUCUACCUGGUUGAGAAAGAUGUGCCGGAGGUGGAUGCCCAAGGACAAGAGAUGAAAGAGGAGUUUGAGACCUACGCGGAUGCCCUUUGGUGGGGUCUGAUCACACUGGCCACCAUUGGCUACGGAGACAAGACGCCCAAAACGUGGGAGGGCCGUCUGAUUGCAGCCACCUUUUCCUUAAUUGGCGUCUCCUUUUUUGCCCUUCCAGCGGGCAUCCUGGGGUCCGGGCUGGCGCUCAAGGUGCAGGAACAGCACCGUCAGAAGCACUUUGAGAAAAGGAGGAAGCCCGCUGCUGAGCUCAUCCAGGCCGCCUGGAGGUACUAUGCUACCAACCCCAACAGGAUUGAUCUCGUGGCGACAUGGAGGUUCUAUGAAUCAGUCGUCUCUUUGCCGUUCUUCAGGAAAGAACAGCUGGAUGCAGCAGCCAGCCAAAAGCUGGGUCUCUUGGAUCGGGUUCGCCUUUCUAAUCCUCGUGGUAGCAAUACUAAAGGAAAGCUAUUUACCCCUCUGAAUGUAGAUGCCAUAGAAGAAAGUCCUUCUAAAGAACCAAAGCCUGUUGGCUCAAACAAUAAAGAGCGUUUCCGCACCGCCUUCCGCAUGAAAGCGUACGCUUUCUGGCAGAGCUCUGAAGAUGCCGGGACGGGCGACCCCAUAGCGGAAGACAGGGGCUACGGGAAUGACUUCCUCAUCGAAGACAUGAUCCCCACCCUGAAGGCCGCCAUCCGAGCCGUCAGAAUUCUACAAUUCCGUCUCUAUAAAAAAAAAUUCAAGGAGACUUUGAGGCCUUAUGACGUGAAGGAUGUGAUUGAGCAGUAUUCCGCCGGACAUCUUGACAUGCUUUCCAGGAUAAAGUACCUUCAGACGAGAAUAGAUAUGAUUUUCACCCCUGGACCUCCAUCUACUCCAAAACAUAAGAAGUCUCAGAAAGGGGCAGCAUUCACCUACCCAGCCCAGCAAUCUCCCAGGAAUGAACCAUAUGUGGCCAGAGCAUCCACAUCCGAAACUGAAGACCAAAGCAUGAUGGGGAAGUUUGUGAAAGUCGAAAGGCAGGUUCACGACAUGGGGAAGAAACUGGAUUUCCUGGUGGAUAUGCAUUUGCAGCAUGUGCAGCGGCUGCAGGUGCACGUCACCGACUUCUGCCCGACCAAGGGGACCUCCUCGCCAGCUGAGGUGGAGAAGGAAGAGGACCACAGGGAUUCGGAUUUGAAAACCAUCAUCUGUAACUACUCCGAGACCGGCGCCCCCAACGCUCCCUACAGCUUCCACCAGGUGCCCAUUGACAAAGCCGGCCCCUAUGGGUUUUUUGCCCACGACCCCGUGAACCUGUCCCGAGGGGCGCCCAGUUCUGGCAAGGUUCACGCCACCCUUUCCUCCUCGGCGACCACCUAUGCGGAAAGGCCCACCGUCCUGCCUAUCUUGACUCUUCUCGACUCCCGAGGGAGCUACCACUCCCAGGCUGAACUGCACAGUCCCUGCUCGGACCGGCUCUCCCCCCAGCAGAGACGCAGCAUCACCCGGGACAGUGACACGCCCCUGUCCCUGAUGUCCGUCAACCACGAGGAGCUGGAACGCUCUCCAAGUGGCUUCAGCAUCUCCCAAGACAGAGACGAUUAUGUGUUUGGCCCGAGCGGGGGGUCAAGCUGGAUGAGGGAGAAACGGUACCUCGCCGAGGGUGAGACAGACACGGACACAGACCCCUUCACGCCCAGUGGCUCCAUGCCUUUGUCGUCCACGGGCGAUGGCAUUUCUGAUUCGAUAUGGACCCCUUCCAACAAGCCCACUUAAAAGGGGUCGUGGGCUGGCUCCUCCUUGUAAUGUAGACAGACUUUGUAUAGCUCACUUGCUCUCACACCCGCCAUGUACCUGUGAGAUCCCCAGUGGCUGCAUCAAACGCAUGCAUGUGCGUGGUAGCCCCACCUGGGCUGGGGCUUCUCGUGGCCUUUUUCUUCUCCAGGUCACCACAGUGAAGCCGCUUCCUUUCAAGCAUGGUUUGCAUGACUUUACACUAUAUAAAUGGUACCGCUAACCUCUUUAGGAUACACAUUUAUCCGCUGUUCUUACUUUGAAUCAUGACUGGACCAGUCCAGGGAGAAAUGACUGGUGAGCCGUGCCAUGUGUCUGUGUGGUUGACUGGCUGGGUUUUGGCUGGGUGAGCAGAGAAAGUCGUCUACGUUGUUUCUAGCAUCACUGCCCCUUUGUGUAAAACAGUCCAACAAUUAACCAUUUUCUAAAGCAAGCAAAUAAUUCUCUCAACAAAAAUACAUUGCGUACCAAUGAGGUUGCCUCCUGAGCUAAAAACGUGAGGGCAGGAACGAGAUAGUCAUCACAUCUUCAAAACCAAGAAUUUAAAACAUUAUUUUAUUAAGGAAAGGCUGGAAAACCCUUCCAAAAGCUCUCAAAGGGACCUCACUUAGUCUGUCAUUGUCAACUAUCAUGCCCCGGUUUCCUCAUCUAUGAAGGGUGGUAGCAGGUGUAACAUGUCGGAUGAGUUGUGACUAGGCAGGGAGAAAACACACACACAUGCACAUUAAGAUAGUUCCCAAAUUAUGUAGCCAAAGAUAACAAGAUUUAUCAGCAUCGGGGUGCGCCUCAGGGUAGGAGUUCAGUGCCUUCAAAAUGAGGUUCCAAUUCACAUUCUUCCCCGUGAUACUUGUAUAAAAUAUCCAUCUCAAAUAGGAGCUAGAGUCAAGAGGGCACACAGAAAUUAUCCAGUCCACGUCCUUCCUUGUAAAAAUGAGAAAGCUUAGGCCCAGGUAAAGACAUAUGCCCAGGGCCACUCCAUUGUUCCCCAGAGAACUGGGACUCAAAACCCGGUCAGCUGACUCCAGGCCCCGGUCCCUCCUGCCACACCACUCUACAGUUUACACAACAGGACCGAGAUGCCUGUACUCUGUUGUGUGGAAAGCACUCGUGACAUUGUUUAUCCAGCGGGAGGAGGAGGUCUGCUUUUAUGGCAAAACAUGUUUGUCGGAUGCUUUGCAUUUUGGAUCCAGAAAAAAGUAAUAAUACAAGUGAGCUACAACAUUCAUUAAUAUGCAAAUAGACAGAAUUUCCAGAACCAUCCAUCUUUCCUCCUCUAGAUUUUUUUAAACCACACAUAGCUGUAAGACUAGCUGAGCUCACCGUCCUACUAUAUAAGCAUUAAUAUGAAGCAGAAGCCAUCCUGCUAGGAGACGUUGCUACUCUCUGAAACACACUGAUGGGAAAGGUUUCCGUUAGGCUUGAGGUCAUUAGCUAAAUGACUACACUGCAGUGUUACUGUCUCACUCUUUUCAUACGUCUAAGCACAGGUUGUGGAUGGUUGCCUUGAUGACAAUCAGGAUGUUUGAAACGGCCUAAGCGAGUGUCUACAUCCCACCGAUGUUCUCCCUCGCGGUCUUGUCAAGAGCCAUAACGGCUGUGGCAGACAUGAUGGCCGAUGGCUUCAUCGUUACCUAAUGCAGGGAUCUUGCACUAUAUUGGAGAGAGGAGCUCCUUCCUCAGAGAUUGGUUUCUUUCAACCUAUGUGUCAACAGGUACCAUGUGAAAGGCUCAGAGUACAGUAAUAAUGAAGGGUCAGCCCCUGACUUUAGGAACUUACAACCAAAGCCUGAAGUCCUUGGCUUUGUGAGUGGUAAAAAAGGAGUUUUACUUGGUGAGCCCCACGAACGGAUGGGUGUUGACUUUGAAGUCCGAGGUAGGAGAUACACAAGAGUGCGCACAUACAUCAGACGUGAAACCCCCUCCCCCAUGGUUUGCCAUUUGACUUUCUGGCUAUCUGAAGGGCAAAGGGCGUGUGAUCCUCCUGACUCCCUUCAGUAUGGCUGCAAGUGCCACUGGAGUUGAUGACCUAAGAAACCUUAUGCCCCUUCCUUAGAGUUUGGUUCUUGAUUCUGACCUUCCUGGAAUCUUUUGUCAAAAAUGAUUGAGCCAUCUAACAUACCAAUUAUUUUUCUAACUUAUUAAUAUUCUUGCAGAACCUACUGGCCUCAGUAUCUUACAAAUAGAGGCAUUUUCCAAGAACUCAAUGGAGUUCCCAGCUGGAAGAGUGAGACUUUCUCAUCCUCAGGUUAAAAAUAGUUACCGUGGCUCCAAAGUUAGAGGAUUACCUUAGGUUCUUUUAGUAACUGAUGAAGAAUUGGAGUUUGUAUUAUUUUCCAAACCAUUAGAGGACAGUCUAGCUUCCCUGCUGGAUCAUAAGGCCAGGACGGCAGGGAUUGGGUUUGUGUUGAUUACGUACCUCCAAUGCAGUAUGUUGUCUUUAUCAGUGUAGACAAAGGCAAACUACAUCUUCAUGAAUGAAUAAAUGAUAAGAAUCGUAAGAGCUGUUCUUUCCCAUCUAA